GUGACUGUCAGCUGCGCCGUGUCUGUUCCUCAUGUUAAAAAUGUUUUUCCUGUUUACCAGCACCUGCGGGCUGCUCAAACAACAGGAAAGCGAAGCUUCGAGAGGAGACAUUAGUUUGCCGGUGUAAUUGCGGAGCGGAGUGAGGUGUCUGAGAGUGAUGGGCAGUAAAUGUGUGCGUUGUGUUGUUUAGUUCUGUUCUAAAACCCUCCAGCAUGUUAAGCAGGCCUGAAGCGCGCUCCCCCGGGGCAGUAGAAGUCGCGCUGGUCCCUGGCAGCAGCUUGUGCCCGGACCUCCAGCACACUGUGAAAGCCAGGAUGGCUGCUGCCUCUGCACUGCUCUGCUGCCUCAGUGCUGAGGGUCACCUGAUGCUCAGUGAUGUUUCUGAACCUGGAGCUCCACUGCAUGUUCCUGAAGACUCCUACUCAGACUUUCUCUGGGAGGUGUCCACUGAGCUAAAUAAAGCCAACAAGCCCAGACUCCUGACGAUGACACCAACGUGUAAUCUUCAACUUCAUGAGAUUCAUUCAGAACAGCAGCUGACCUCCGUGUCCAAGUGUGCUGCAGACAGACUCCUGCAGCUUGUCAAUAAGGACUUCAAUGGGAGUAAGCUGGCCUCUAUGAAACUGCUGUCGUUCACUGACGGCCUCUGUUACCUCCUGCUGAACGGCUGUAUCCUGGUACAUCUUCGGUGGCAGGAGGGCUCUGCUGAGCCACAGCUGCUGUCUUCCUGUGUCCUCAGCCUGCCUUCGGAAACUCAGGAAGUGUUCACUGACUACCAGCUCUGUAAGGGCAUUCUGUUCAUGCUAACGAGCCCUGGAUUCAUAUAUAUCUUUGACAGUGCAGAUGGGAAGCACCUUGCUACAGUGGAUCUCCCUACUUACUGCAUAACAGGACAGAGUGAUAUAGAGCUUGUGGAAUCUCUCUCUUCCUUCUGCCUUCUCCACAUUUCACAAGACCUCAGCACAGCUGUGGCUGCCACCAGACAAAACCAAGCACUGGCAGUUGAUCUCAAUGAUUAUUUCAGUAUUCACAUAAAUGACUUGCACUGUCAGCAGGAUCCCAGACCUCUUCCUCUCAUACCCACAAAACCUUGUGAUCAGGACAGCAUUGCCAACUCAACUUACAAUCAGUCUGUCCUGGGUACCCACUUUCAACCUGAUCACUCAUGGGAGGCAAGGCUGGCAUUUCUUUAUAAGCAAGCUAAAGCUCCAGUUCCUCCAGCUCUACGGCUGCCGUGGUACAAAGACCUCCCUCGCUCUGAGUGCCGUCAAGCAGCGGCCACCACCAAACUCACUCAGCCCACUCUAUCACCAGGGGGCGCCGUAGUGUCCGUCACUGUGCCUGAACGGACCACACCAACCCUGUUGAUCGUCUCUGAAUUUUCAGCAGUGCUUAGUUUUACCUCACCUGGGAACAGCAGCACAACCCUGGCCUACUGGGACCUGGAGACUCAGAGUGUUACUUAUCAUUACGUUGAUGUGCCAUCCUUGCCUGUUUCCUGGUCAGAAGAGGAACAUCUCUCUCUGAUUCUGAAAGCAUCAGGCAUGUCUCUGGUGCUGUUCACGGUUUCUCAAGAGGAGCUACUGAACAGAUUGAUGGUGUUUGGAAGUGCUGGGAUGGUGGACUCACUGUGCCAUCUUAAUGCUUGGGGACGCUGUUCAAUGCCCAUCCAUUCCUUGCAGGCAGGACUUAAGAACCGGCAGCUGGACAUGGUAGAUUUCUUCCUGAAGAGUAAGGAGAACAUUCUCUGCCCAACCACAAGCUACAGUCUUCCUGAACAGUCACCCACCUCAGCACAGAUGCAGCUGAAAAAUGUUCAGGAUCUGUGUCCAGCACUGGAUCUGCUUCAAUCUGCUAUCAGAGAUACAAACAUCGAGGCUCAGAGUCGACAGUUCUGUGAACAGCUGCUCAGCAUGACCCUAAACUUCCUCAAUACGCAAAUUAGAGUCAUCCUAACCAGCACCCCAGAGCUGGAUGCUAACUUGCAUGCAUGUGUGAAGAUCUUGAAUGGUUAUAUCUCUGAACUGCGUACUUAUUUGAGGAGGUACCCAUGGCUGGAAGGGGGUGAGGGUCAGACUCCUGCCUCAGACACUGCCCCUGCCCCUGAUAAGGCUAUUGAGGAUGAAUGGGAAACAUGCUCUGUUGAGGAGGUGGUCCAGUGUGCAGUUUUAAACAGGGAGCUGCCACGUGCACAGGCAUAUCUGCGCAGGCGCAACUGUCCUGAGCAUAAACUGGAGGAACUGAGGAAAACGGGCCUGAGGCUGGCCUUCACUUGUCUCUCACAACGAGACCUGCACCAGGCCACAACACUGCUCACUAACAUGGGAUUUAAUGUGAAAGAGCAGCUCCACAAUAUCUGUGUUUACACAGCUGAUCGGGACCUCAGGGCCUUUAUGGUAAAGGAGUUGAAAAGACUUGAUCAUCUCUCCACUGAGGACUUAGAAAAGGUGGAGUUCAUUAAACAGAUUGAAAAUUUGUACUCCAGACCAGCAACAAGAUGUUCAAAGCCUUUUGACAAGAAGAGGGUUCUUCAAAGAAGCCAGUUGGAAGCUGAGCGCAGAAACCUGCUACAGGAGAUAUUGCAUGAACCCUCGUCUUGCUCCGUCCAGUCUCUGGUUGGCUCAGUGCGCCUGGACUGGGUCAGGCACUGGGACAAUGACACACAGGAAUCUGUGCUGCUCUCCCGACUCCCAAACCACUUAUUGGGCUCCUGUGAUCCAGCUGUGCUGUGGUCCUACCUCACCUCCCUACAUGACCAGGACAGGGUUACUGCAUGGCUGACGUACUCAGCCACACAUGACUGCGAGAGCACUGCUGCCUCCAAGUGGCCUGCGCUCACUGCUGCUGUUGUGGAUGGAAACACCUACUGUAGUGAUUAUAUGAAAGACCAAAUUCUGGACAUGCUUGCCAGGCAAGAAGUGUUUGUGCAGUCAGAGAUGUCUGACUUUGAGCAGCUGUUAUGGAGGUUAGGUCAGGCCAGAGGUGUUAUGCGAGACAUCAGUGGCCCUCCGGUCCCACAACUCCAUGCUUCCAAAGGACAGGACUUCCACACGUGCUUUAUUCAGCAUUGUCUGGAGAACAACCUACAUUAUCUGCUCUAUACCUACCUGCAGUAUUACAGAUUGACUCCCAGUAACUGUCCUGCAGUUGGAGACAGAGAUUUGUAUGAGAGUUACCCCUGGUUUGAGAUGAUGGUCAAGCUGCAGAGCAUUACAAGAGAUCUCAAAAAUCCAGAGCGAGUGUUUGAGGCAAGUUUGACAAGUGCACAGGUGCUGUUACCAGGCAGUCAGGCUAGUGUUAGCAGCAUGCUACUGGAAGGGCAUAGCCUUCUUGCUCUCUCCACUAUCAUGUUUGCACCUGGAGGCAUUGAUCAGGUAGUGACCGAAGGCAAUAAAGGUCAGGACAUCCUGUCUAGAGUGGACCCACAGCUCCUGAGGAUGGCUUUGAGUGCAUACCCCAAACUCAAGGCUGCUCUUUUUCCCCAGACUGGCCCAAGAAUCACUUCAGUUUGUGACGUAUCAUUAUACCACCUCAUGCAGUCACUGCAUUCAUUGGAUCCCUUCAGACUGUUUGGGUGGCAGUUUGCUAACACACUAGGCACUGCGGAAACAUCAGCAGAGCUUCCUCAUUUCUCCAGCCCUCACCUGGUUAAUAAGUAUGCACUCAUUGAGAACCUGGACUUUUUAUACUAUCUCCAACACGGCAGACCUUCCUUUGCAUACGGAAUUUUCAUUAUUCAGCAUCUGGCCGAUUCCAGCAGUGUCAAGCUACAGAUUAGUCGUGCUGUGGAGCAGACGUACUCUCUGGGCCUCCUGAAUUUCAGCUCUCCAUCUAUAGCUGCAGCGUGUGUGUGUUUCUUUGAGUUGUUGGGUGUAUGCAGUCUGAAAUUAAGGGUGGACCUUAAGGCUCUCAAUCUUAUCCUCAAGCUCUGGAGUCAGAACUGUGAGGAGAGCAGUAUGAUCUCACUUAAACAAUCUCUGGUGGACAAGGUAAAUAAGAUGGUGGAAGCUGAGAGACAGACUCUAGAGGAAUUACUGUUGCAUGUGGAGGGGGCAGUGAGGGACGGUGUGGAAAGCCGAGGCAUCAGCAGAUCUUCAUAUGAGGCAGGACAGGAGUGGGCUCUCCCUGUUCAGUUUUGUCACCUACAUGAUCUGCCCCUGAGCACGCGGUACCUGCAAGACUGUGCCAGCGAUGGCCAAUGGCUAAACUUCCUGCUGUUCGUACAGCUCCACCACUACCCUCUACAACAGGUGAGACAUCUAGCAGCCAGCUUCAGCCCAAGUCUGCAGGCUCACCUCUUCCUGGCCUUCCAGGACCUUCAGCUAGUGCACUCUCAACAACCCCUGGAAGUCCAGAGAGACUCUGUAUGUUCCCUGACGAAACGGGAAAGUUCGGAAUUCCCCAAGGAUCUGUUUCAGGUCCUGUUCCAUAGUCAGGAGCAGCCUAGCCCCUGGCAGUACCUGCUGAGUGAAGCUGUUGCACUGCAUAGUCCACCACUUACAGUGCUGGCUGCUUGUCACCAGGGUGCUGAGCUACUGCAGUGCCUGUGUGUAUGGAUCCUGACCUCUGUCGAUGAUGACGUUGCCCAAGAAGCUACCUCUCAUAUCAACGAAAGUCCUGGCCACUACACAUGGACCCUUCAUGACCUGUCAAUCCUAUGGAAGCUCCUCCUACAGAAGUGCAAGAUCAGACCUCUGAUUCGUGGUUUCCAGCUGUUUCAGCGGGAAUCUCCCCUGAUCCACAUGUUGCAGAUGUACGAGCUCUGCUAUGAUUACAAAAACUACCAAGGAGCUAAAGAGAAUUUACUGGAGUUUCAGAAAUGUCUGCUUAAUCUGCGGAACAGUGGUAGUGUCCUGGGUUCGGAGUGUCUCCCAGUUCAGUGGGUGGAAGCUCAAGCCUCUGUGCUGCUCCUCACCCUGUUGCAGCAAUGCGGGACGCAGUAUGAGCUGCGCAGGCUGCUACAGCUACUGGCUGAUAUGGAGCGUAUGCUGAAAUCUAAUGGUCCUGACUUUAAAAAGCUGAGUCAGCUGAGUCAAAUCCUGGCUGACACACCAGUGCCUCUGUCCCCAUGCCUUCUGGAGAACUAUACCACUAAGAGCCUGCAGAGGGAGUGCCAGAGGAUGCUGGAGGAGCUGCAGGACCUUACUCUGUUCUGUCAGGCCAGGAAAGUGGCUGAGCUGGCAGGGCUGCCCAUUGACCGCUUGAUAAUAAAUGAGCUGUCGAGAGAUCUGAAGGUGUUAAAGGCAACACGUCAGUGGGAAAGACAGGAGACUCGUCUGGCCUUCUGGAAGAAAUGUCAAGAGCAGUUUAAGGCAGACUGCAUUGGCGCGGAGUCAGCUUGCCAGUUCUUUCUGUCCCACACAGAGGAUCCUGUGCAGAGACACACGGUGCUCCUUCAGGUACAGGAGCAAUGCCUUCUGCUGGCAUUAGCUGCUCAUUGGCUUUGCCAGCACGGCCCGCCUGCGCUGGAACGUUUAGCAGAGCUGGAAAAGCGCCAGUGGGAAUGGCGUAUCCGCUGGAUGGUCCUCACCACAGCCCUGGAGCAGCAGAGCCUGUUCACUCCAGCCACUGGACCAGAUGCCUUUGACAUCCUCCUCAAAGAAUACUCCUUUUCCAAAUUGGCCAUCUUGGAUGAUCAAGCAUAUUUGAACAUGGAAGGUCUUCCAACAACAGAGGAGGGUUGCUUGCUCGAGGAGGAGGACCGAAAGGCACUGUCCGCUCUCGUUGGUCAACUGUUGGAUGAGGGGAGUGUUCACGAAGCAAGUAGAGUGUGUCGAUAUUUUGAGCUGCUGCACAAAGAUGUGUGGCUGGUGUUGCAGUGCCGGGGUUUGGCCUGUGGAGAAAUUCAGCCGGGACUGCAGGAACUUCUCAGCUCUGACCAAGAUAAAAGGAGAAGCUUACCCAGCUGCUCCAGCACAGGAAGUCUGUCCUCUUUUGUAGUGGUUUCCUCACCUAGAGACCACACUCUCUCCCAGCUUGAGCUUCUAAUAGAUCAAUGCCGUCAUGGCAAGAGCUACUGUAAGCAGGUUCUCAGCCUUUAUGAGCUCUCCAAGGAACUGCAUUGUUCCUACAGUCAGAUUUCCUCUGAAGAGCCAGAGGCAGUGCUACGGAAAGUUCUCCUGUCCCAGCAGCCUGAGCGCUAUAAGAAAGCGCAGGCUUUUAUUACUGUGCAGGGCUUGCAGCCGGUUUCUGUAGCACAGCUCAUCACCUCCACAGUGUUGGAUGGACUACUGGCCGCCUCACAGGACAGAGAGACAGCAGAGCGGCAUAUAUACAGUCCUUCCGAAGGCAAAGAAGCCUUCUUGCAACUGGCUAAACUGUGUGGUGACGCCAACUUGGUGGGCAUCAAGUUGUUGGAUAUCAUCCCUACAGUUUCCCUGGCAGAACUGGGAUGCACUGUGGAGCUGCUGAUCCUGGCACAUGACUGCUUCAGUCUUACCUGUAACAUGGAGGGCAUCGUCAAGGUCUUGCAAGCAGCCCGACACCUCAGCCAUACACAUCUGGCCCACGGGGAGAGAUAUGGGCUGCUGGUCCGGUUAUUGACUGGUAUUGGAAGAUAUAAUGAAAUGACUUACAUUUUUGAUCUUCUCAACCAAAACCAUCGUUUUGAGAUGCUUCUGAGAAAGAAAGUGGAGUCGAACACGAGAUUAAAGACAGCACUUCUGGACUACAUUAAGCGCUGUCUGCCAGGGGACAGUGAGAAAUACAACAUGGUGGCUCUUUGUUUCAGCAUGCGUCGAGAGAUCGGAGAGAAUCACGAAGGAGCUGCUCGAACACAGCUCAAACUCAUCGAGUCCCAGCCGUGGGUGGUUACCCCAGAGCUCAAAGGUGGCUUAGAGAAGGUCCUCUUUUUGCUGAAAGAUGCUGCAGAAAGUUAUUCAAAGGAUUCAUGUAUGCGGCAAGCAUUGCGGUGUGUAAAAAUGGCGAAACUCGUCACUCUGCAGCUUCACUUCAUCAGUCAUGGACAGGACCAUCGUGUAGUCAAUCUCCGGCCAUCAGAACUACUCGGUGCCACGAUGGCUCUACCACGGUGCUAUCAGUCAUUUAUAGUAGCUGAGGCAUAUGAUUACAAUCCUGACUGGGCUGAGAUUCUGUAUCAGAAGGUGAUUCUAAAAGGGGAUUUCUCCUACUUGGAAGAAUAUAAGCUGCACAGGCCACUUCAAGCAAGCCUGUUUGAAGAAAUCUCUAAAAAACUGAUCAUUAACAAGCCGCCGAACACUGUGAGUCAGAACCUGAAGAAGCUGCUGCAGUACUGUGAAAACGUGUAUACCCACUACAAACUGGCGUAUAAUCAUAAUUUUGUCGAUGUCGCCAACACGCUUCUACAGGACUCUAAAACAAGCAGUUACCUUAACGACCGGUUAAGCAGCUGACUAUCCUAUAAACGCAUUCCUCGGCUUUCGCUUAGUGCUCUGAACAAGUUGCUGAUUUGACUUGGAUUUUGUGGCAGCGUUAAAGGAACAAUGUUUUUUUUACACAUUUUCAGCAGUGUUUUCAGCCAUAAUGUUACUUUUACAAAUUAAUUAUGUAAUAAAUUCAACAGAGUUAUGGACCUCAUGACAGAAAUGUACAUAUUUAAGAGAUUAAAUCUGACUUUGCUAAUUUA